GGACGUGGGCGGAGCCUUGGCGGCAGGAUGGGAAGCGGCGAGGCCUGGCCCCGGUGAGGUAGAAAUUAAGAGAAACUACAGGACAGGUAAAGAAAAGCAUGAAUAGAGCAAUCGCAAGCGCAGCUACCGCUCCCGUUAGAAGACGCAAUCGCAGUAACUGUACUGAAAGGCCAGAACGGAGGGAACCACAGACCCCGGUGAACGCGGGCGCCAGCAGCAGUGGAGAUCCUUCUUCAUCCAGUUUAACACAGAACUCUGCAGUACCAGAACUGCCAGGAUUUUACUAUGACUCAGAAAAGAACCGCUAUUUUCGCCUCCUGCCCGGACAUAAUAACUACAACCCGCUCACCAAAGAGAGCAUUCAGUACAAGGCCAAGGAACGCGAAAGACUGAGACUCUUAGAAGAGGAUGAAAAACAAAAGAAGAAAACAGCAAGGGCUGGACUGAACUCAUCUAUGCUGUUACAGAAAAGGCAGCUGGGUUUGCUCAGCUCCACAAGUUAUAGCAGGCUGGUCCAUGAGCUAAAAGUGAACUGCAUGCGGAGGAGGAAGAUAGAAAUUCACAGUCCAAAUCCCUUAGUUGCUGGAACCAACAAUUUUAAAAUAAUUGUGGCAGAUGCUGCUUGUGAACGGAUAUUCACUGUGAACGAUGUAGAGUAUGGAGGAUGUAAAUAUGGCAUCAUCAACCUGAGUGGUCUGGGGAAGGAGUCUCUCACUGUGAAGAUGUACGACAACCUCUACUUCACAAACCGCAAAGUGAAUUCUGUAUGCUGGGCAUCAUUGACUCAUCCAGAUUCUCAUGUUUUGCUGUGCCUCAUGGGAAUUGCAGAAACUCCAGGCUGUGCCAGUCUGCUUCCAGAAUCGUUGUUCAGCAGCACAAACCCAGGCGAUCGACUUGGAAUGCUGUGCAGCUUCACGAUAUCCACGGGCUGGUCCUGUGCUUGGUGCCGGAAUCCCCAGGUAGACACCUGCUUCAGCACAGGCCUGACGCGGCGAGUUCUUGUGACCAAUGUAGUGACAGGGCAUCAACAGACAUUCGGAAGCAGUAGUGAUGUACUGGCACAACAGUUUGCCACACAGACCCCGGUGCUGUACAACGGCUGCCGUUCAGGGGAGAUUUUCAGCAUCGAUGUGCGUCAACGCAACCGAAAAAAGGGCCAGGGCUGGAAAGCCAGUCGUCUCUUCCACGACUCAGCAGUUACCUCUGUUCGCCUUCUUGAGGCUGAACAUUAUCUUAUGGCAGCAGAUAUGGCUGGAAAGAUAAAACUGUGGGACCUGAGAACAAAAAAGUGUGUGAAACAGUACGAAGGGCAUCACAAUGAAUAUGCUCUUCUCCCUUUGCAUGUAAAUGAGGAGGAAGGACUUCUUACAGCAGUUGGUCAGGAUUGCUACACCAGAAUUUGGAGUCUCCAAGAUGCCCAUCUGCUUAGGACCAUCCCUUCUCCCCACCCAUCCUCCAAAGAUGCCAUUCCCAGUGUGGUGUUUUCUUCAAGACUUGGGGGUAGCAGAGGAGUUCCUGGCUUACUCAUGGCUGUCAAACAGGAUCUCUACCACUUCUCCUAUAACUGACACAAUAUUCUCCUCAGACCUGGUCUACAAAGCUGCCAGCCUUAUACAUGUCUUAGCGGUCACCGUGCUGUUGAGUCCACUCUGUGCUGCUCUCGCAUCUGCUUCACCCGUGACAUUCUGAAGCUCUUCCAGCAGGUUCAGCAAAUCUUGCUGUAUACGUCUCGAACAUCUUGAAAAUAAAAGCUGAGUGCUGAUUAACUUUU